AAAAGGUUUAGCUUUAAUAAGAAUAGAUCCAAAUCUAUGGAAAUCCGUACUAAUAAGGAAAGUGAGGCAACGAGUCGUGACAGCUCUGUCAGCUCCACAUCCAGUAGAGCCCGAUCUGUGCCCGGCUCUAGAGAGCCCUCAGCUCCCAAAGAUGUCUUGCAAACACUGGCAGCUCGUGAGGAAAGACAUAAAACCAAUAGCUAUAGUAAUAUAAGCGAUAUAAGCGGUUACUCGACGCGUACUUUCAUUCACGAAAAGUCGACACUUAUUGUAGAGACAAACGAAAGCGGAUCUCUUAAACAUUAUGUAAUACCCAUGAGUUUGGCCAACAAAAAUAAAUGGAGACGAAAGGGAGUUAAACUGCACUUAUAUAAUGACCACUUAUUUGUGGCCAAACAUCUAUCCGGAUCAAUCACUUGUCAAGUUUGCGACAAACUUUUCUCAAGAAGACCGGGAAAACAAGGCUAUCAGUGCAGAGGU